AUGAACUGCAAUUUCAGUUUUCAAUAUUCCGAUGGACAUUUCAACAACCAUGAAGACUUCAUCAGAUAUCCUCACAUGAUGCAUCAAGAUGCUGUCGACUCACAGUAUCCGCCUUUCGACUCUGGUGGUGAAGCAUCUGGUCCAUACUAUCUGGAUCGACCUCAGCCCGCCCCGAGACCUGAUUCUAGGCUGAGCACCUGCUUCGGCCAAUACGCGCAGCACGAGUAUCAGGGUGACCAUGACUUCAAUUCCCGGUCCCAUAAGACCCUUAACAGGAUUCCUUUUGGACAUGGGCGGUGUACCCGUAGGGGCGUCGCGGGUGAGAUGAGGGAUAGACGGAAUUCUCACGCUGAUGUCCGCAUGAGCAUAUUUGAGGAGGAGUCAACCUUCGAUACGGACAUGAAAUCUCAUGCUGAUGAGACAGAGAUGCACAGGUCACCUCCCCCAGAAGACGGACUGGCCUUGAUCCCUCCACAGCACAGAGAAGGCUGUGACAACAAAUGGAGACUAAAUAUGGCGGGUAUGGCUGGCCAACUCCUAACAAAGCAGGUACCUCCGAACUUUGCCAUUCAGUACAUGCAAAACUUGCUACGCGAGCAAGCGGAGGCCAGGCGUGGGUCGACAAACAAUACAGCCGAUCCUCACGUCACCGAAACAAGGUUCAACAGUAUCAACCCAGUACGGUCAAGUGGGCACAUCCGCAUUGAGAUAUCAGGAGCAGUUCCUGAAAUGUCACUGAGUCCCGAGUCACCAACCUUUAUUGGUGUAUCCGAUUAUGAGCAGGGCUCGAGCCAGACUCCACGAAUGGAAAGUUUCAGCAUGAAUGACGGCCCGGGUUGUCAGCCCUUCAUUCCUUCGCCGUUGCGGAAAGCGAUAGAGACUUUCGAAGAGCGCCAAAGGAGACCAUACCACGCGCAAGGUCCCUCGGCAGGGGCACCUGUUCCACAUCGUACAACAUCGAUAGAGAUCAAACCUAGCGUUACAUACAUCGAAGACCAUCGAAAUGUGUCACGAUCUGCGCGCGGUACGGCUGACGAGGAUGUGUUCAUGUCUGGAGCCCUGCCGUGCGAUGACGCCGGGCGAUGUAAUCACGGCAGUCGCAAGAAGAAUCACUCCCGAGUUAGAUUUGCCUCAACGGAACCAAUGCCGGGGGAUGAGCCAUCACAACAGCCCCGUCAAAAGGCUCGACGGUCUGUCAAGAUAUCAACACCUGCGGCUGCAUGCAAUCAUGGAUAUCGUACGAGACAGAGUCUGGGACGACAUGGCAACUAG